UCUUUCUUCCGCCAUCUUCACUUUCAUAAUCCUAAGUUACAUAUAUUCUUUUUAUAUUAUUGAGAUCUUGCUUUUAUAAUCCUCUAUCACACUCAAUCUUUGCCACUUUAUUAACCUAUUUUCAGAUUUUGUUCAAGCCUAUUAAUAUUGCUCAAAUUCAGGUUGAAUCUUUAGUCUUGAAGAACUUGUAUUAAUGGGAGAAGCUCCAGCUUUUUUUCUUGAUGAUAUGCAAAAGAGAUAUUUGAGUGGGUUUGAUCUGAAACUCACUGACUGCGAAACAGCCGUUGUUAUUGGAAACAAAAUAUAUGUCAUUGGUGGCACUGAUGAUCCAACAUCUAGUGGAAUGCGUAUACUCGACAAGUCAACCAGUAAAUGGGUGAUUCCAACCGUUCUAGGAACUAAACCAAAGACACUUAAAGGUCAUUCAAGUUUGCUUUUGAAUAAAGAUAGAAUCUUGAUCACCAAACAUGAUUCGAAAUCUAAUGAAUCUGUUUGGUUUCUUGAGGUGGAUACACAAUUCAUACGGGACCAAAAGAAGAAAUUUGAAACAGAAGUAGUUGCUUGGAGCAAGGGUGUUAUUGGUGAUACUGAGCGACCCGUUGUGAUCAGUGGGCCUUCUGGGGUUGGUAAAGGUACACUGAUUAAUAUGUUGAUGAAAGAUUUCCCGACAUUGUUUGGAUUCUCGGUUAGCCACACAACUCGUGCUCCAAGGGAGAAGGAGCAAAAUGGGGUGCAUUAUCAUUUCACCGGACGCAACGUUAUGGAGGAAGAAAUCAAAUCUGGGAAAUUUCUAGAAUUUGCAGCAGUCCACGGAAAUCUUUAUGGGACUAGUAUAGAAGCUGUUGAUGUAGUUGCUGAUGCUGGAAAGAGAUGCAUUCUUGAUAUCGAUGUUCAAGGAGCAAGGUCUGUGAGGGCGAGUUCACUUGAAGCUAUAUUCAUCUUUGUUAGUCCACCUUCUUUUGAAGAGCUUGAGAAGCGACUUCGUGCAAGAGGAACUGAAACGGAAGAACAAAUCCAGAAAAGACUUAGAAAUGCCAAGGCUGAACUUGAACAAGGAAACACUUCAGGACUUUUUGAUCAUAUAUUGGUGAACGAUGAUCUUGAAGCUUGUUAUGAGAGACUUAAGAAUGUCUUGGGUCUUAGUGAGAAAAUGAAUGCUGCCCCAGAAACUACUACUAAGGUGUUUGAUUUGCCUGUGGACCUCUCGUUGUCCCAAAUCAAUGAAAAGAUUGUGAUAAACCGUGGGACUGCUGAACAAAAGAUUGUCCUUGAUUUAUCUUCAAUGAAAGGAGGUGCGCCUGGGCGGACGAGAGGACUAGAUAUUUAUGCUCUUGAUAAGCUGACAUAAGCUGUAAACAACUGAAGUUUCUAAACGUAUACGAUUGAGACAAACUUAAGUCAUUAAUUUACCAAAUUUAUUUUAAUGAAGACGAAUCAAAGCAACUCUUAGUUAGACUCUUUUUUUUUUUUUUUUUGUGGUUUUUAUAAUCAUUUAAUUUAGGAUGUAGUAACUUCUGAUAUUAUCAAAUUUUGAUUUGAAGAAUGAAAAAUGAGAAAAGAUAUGAAUCUUAGCCAUA